AUGGUAACAGUUCAGUGUCUCAUUAGUAUUGCUACAGUUCAAGGCCUUGAUUUACAUCAAUUUGAUGUAAAUAGUGCCUUUUUACAUGGAGACCUUCGAGAGGAAGUAUAUAUGAGAAAACCGCUAGGACUACAGUUAUUUACUAAAAGAGAUAAAGACUCCUUCAUGGUUUUGCUUGCUUAUGUUGACAAUAUCUUAGUUGCAAGCAAUAGGUUGGAUUCAAUUGCUGCCUUAAAACAAUUGUUGGGUGCACAGUUCAAGAUAAAAAGACCUUGGGACUUUAAAGUAUUUUCUUGGGAUAGAGACUCAGAUACUUUGGCUUCUAAACCUAUGAAAAUCCCCAUGGAUCAAAAUGUAAGACUCAGGAAAGGUGGUGGGAAACCUUUAUCUGAUCCCAUCUCUUCUCGCAGAUUAAUUGGAAGGCUAAUGUAUUUAACAAUAACAAGACUUGAUAUUAACUACACUGUACUGACUCUCAGCCAGUUCAUGACUUGUCCCACAACAGCUCAUUUGGUAGCAGCAUACAAGGUUCUAUUGUACAUUAACUCAGCUUCGGGUCAAGGCAUUUUCUUCUCAGCUUCUGCUCCUUUACAACUUCAAGCCUACUGUGAUUCCGACUGGGCUUUUCGCUCGGAUUCUAGAAGAUCUAUCACGAAGUAUUGUAUCUUCAUAGGACAUUCCUUAAUUUCUUGGAAAUUCAAGAAGCGGAUCAUUGUUUCUCGAUCUUCAGCCGAAUCUGAAUACCAAGCUAUGGCUACCACUUGCUCAGAACUCAUGUGGCUUCGCUACUUACUUCAUGACCUACAAAUAUCACACCCUAAACCUGCAUUGCUCUUCUGUGAUAACCAAGCAGCCCUCGACAUAGCUACAAAUCCUGUCUUUCAUGAAAGAACUAAGCAUAUAGAGAUUGAUUGCCACUUAAUUCAUGAUAAGAUCUUGGAAGGCAAUAAACGAAAUGUUAAUGAAGAUGGCGGCGGUAGUUUCUACUAUAAAAAUCAAGGAGUCAGGCGCCAUGCGCCCAAAUUGAAAGUAAGAUGCAGUGAGGCGGGCGCCAUGGCGCCCGACUCAACUAUUUAUAUAAUUGUUUUUCCCCCUUCAUUUAGACCCGAUUUUAAGAGCAAAAUAGAAGAGAAAGCUUGGAUAGAAUUUUACAAGAUUGAGGUUGUUCAUCUUUAG